UGCCCUGAGAGACGUGACAUAACCUCAAAAGCGCAGUUUGCGUGUAGAAAAAAAAUUCCGUGGAAGUGCAAUUCCUGUAAUGAUAUUCACAUAAUUAUGCAUUUAAUUAGUAUGUAGGGUUAAAUGAUUCGAGAUGAUACGUUUUAAGCAAUAUCACUGGAACAAACAUCAGUAUUUUGUGUGUGGUCUCAUUGUGGGAAUCCUUCUGAGUCUCUAUGUGCCAAAUUAUGAUUCUGCAGAUGAGGAUUUCAUGUGUCCAGGAAGUGAUAGUGAUGGUGAAUUUACCGAUAAGUACGGUGAUGACUUUGAGCCUCAGCUCAAUUUUGCCCAGAAGCCAAUGUCAGCCAAAAAGGCCACUAAGAACAUAAUCAGGCCCAGAUACUAUUCCUCUGAACUGGGUAUCCGGGAAAAAGUUUUUGUGGGGGUGAUGUCGGCUCAAAAUGAAAUUGACACCCUUGCCACGGCCUUCAACAAGACCGUGGCUCAUCUUGUGAACAAGAUAAAGUUCUUCAUCAAUGCCGACAAUGUUAAAUCCAACUUCAAACUGAAGAACAUUGUGGGAUUCACGGAUACCAGGGAGCACUUGCGACCUUUCCAUAUCCUCAAGUACAUUGCGGACAAUUACCUCGAUGACUAUGACUACUUUGUCCUCGUUCCGGACACCAGUUACAUCGAUGCUCGUGUUCUGCGGGAUAAACUCUCCCACAUCAGCAUCAGCUUCGACAUUUACCUGGGCACAAAGAUGCGGACAGAAGAUGUAGAGAGUGAAUCUGAUGCCAACUAUUGUGAUCUCGAUGCUGGGAUCAUCCUCAGCAGCAGUGUCAUCCGCAAGAUCCGAUCAAAUCUGGACUGGUGCGUCCGGAAUGCAGCCACGCAGCUUCACAGUCUCAACAUUGGGCGGUGCGUGAAGUAUUCCACGAAAAUCGAUCAGUGUCAACCUGCGUGGCAGGGCAUCAACGUCACCAGCUACAGACUCAGCACCCAGAAGAUCUAUCGCGAUUUUCAUUUUCUCAGAGAUGAUCCAAAAUUCAAUGAAGCUACUUCCAUCUUUCCUGUCACGAUUCCGGAUGACUUCUACAGGCUCCACAUUUACUUCUCACGGUUGCAUUUGGAAUCAGCCAUGGUUCGUUUGGCGAUUUUGGAAAAGGAAACCUCGGAAAUCUCCAAUGGGAGCAUCAGUAAUGACAUUUUGGAAAUUCGCUGGCCACUUGGCGUGCCUCCAUCGAGUAUUCCAGAUACCAGGCAUGAUCUCCUGACCUGGACACUGCUCAAUGAGACACAUUCAUUCCUUGUGGACUCAGAGACGAAUGUAAAGCCUCUAUCUGGCAUGGAUGCCGCGGAUUUUGCCAAAAUUCUCAAUCAUACACUCGAACGAGUUGCCACGACGUACAGUGCGUUGGAAUUUAUGGCUGUCCACACGGCAUAUCGGCGUUUUGAUCCCGUCCGCGGGAUGGAUUAUAAGCUUUUGCUCAAAUUUCUCGAUAAGUCCACACGCAGGGUCACGCUAAAAGCCUAUGAGGCCAUGAAGCCACUGGGAAUGGUGGAGAUAAUCCCAUCGCCAUAUGUCACUGAGAGUACGAGAAUAGCUAUCCUCCUGCCCACUUUUGAGCAUCAAAUUGAUGAGUCAAUGAACUUUAUUGGGCGUUAUGAGAAGAUUUGCAUGGAGAAUCUCGACAAUACUUUCCUCAUGCUUGUCUUUUUGUACGGCGUGGAGACGCCCAGUAAAGGGGAUCAGGAUGCUUUUGGGCGUCUCAAGAGUCGAGCUCUCAGUCUUUCGGAGAAAUUCAAAGCUGACGGCUCAAGAAUAGCCUGGGUAUCCAUUCGACUCCCAGCUGAAUACUCAAAGUCCACAAAUGGGGAUGAUUUGGCACUGAGCAGUGUCUAUGGUCAGGAUGAGAUUCUCAGUUUAGCUGUCACGGAUUUGGCAUUGAGAAAAAUUGGUCUGGAUAGUCUCGUGAUGGUGGCAUCGAAUUCCAUGAUUUUCAAGCCGGAUUUCCUCAAUAGAGUGCGAAUGAACACAAUUCAGGGCUUUCAAGUCUACAGUGCCAUCGGAUUUAUGCUGUAUCCAUGUCGAUGGACAGGACUCUGCAAGGAGUGCACAACUUGCGAUGUUAGUCAGAGUCUGGGAUACUUUGACAGAGACAAUUUCGACGUGAUCUCCUUCUACAGUCGCGACUACGUGGAAGCACGAAAGAAACUGGAAUCUUCAGUGCCCAUUGUGAGGGCUGACCGGGAUAUUCCUCAAUUGCUCGAUCGACCGGAUAAAAGUGUGAAUUCCAUUGUGGACAUGUUCAUCAAAGCCCAAACUCCGGUUCAUCUGCUGCGAGCUGUGGAGCCAAAUUUGAAAUUUGGCGGAGCUCUGGUGAGUCAAUUGGACAAGGGAACACCCUUCCCCACGUGCAUUUAUCGCGAGGAACCCGAGAAGCAUGGGAAGUGUAUUAGAAUGGGAUCGAAGAAGCAACUCGGUGAGUGGGUUGUGCGUCAAGAAACUGAUACUCUUCCGUGAUAAAAUUCACGUGUUCACAGAGAGUGAGAUUUUAUGUGACUUUUAUUUUAUAUUUUUACUCUAAAAUCCUUCAACGACAAACUGUAUCCUUCUAGCCAUGUCAUUUUUUUUAGUUUUGCAUUUUCCUAUUUCUUAAAAAACAAAAUAUUUUAGAGGUGAUUUUGACAUUUAAGCAAUUUUAGAGAUUUUUUUUGUCUUUUGUAAUGCAUGGAGGGUGUUGUUAAAAUGAGGUUGUUGUAUAACACACAAGUGCCAAAGUAUUCUUUUAUUAAUAUUUUUGUCUAUUUAGUGUUAUUUUUGAGCACUUUUAAACUCAGGAGAAUAUUUCUCCUGGCACACAAUUUGGGAUCAAUGUAAAGAGAAACUGAAGAGGAAGCUGAACCUUUCAUCAACCUACACUGAGAAAAAAAAGAUGAUGCGAUUAACAUUUUUUCCUCAGAAAUUUAACACUUUUUAGAUGUAAAAAUAUAUCAAUAUUUUUUAAUGUUAAUUUUACACAUUUUUAAGGGUAAAAUUAACAUGAAAAAAGGGUAACUUUAACCCCCAAUACACCUAAAAAGGGUAAUAUUUACACAGAUUUCGGAUCAAUAAUGCAGGGUAAAAUAAACCUUUCCGGAAUGUUAUUUUAACUUUUUCGGAUUUCUCUCAGUGUAGUCUCACAUCUUGACCCUUUUGCUUUUGCAAAAAAAAACACAGUCUUAAAAGAAAAUAACUGAAAAUAAUUCUUCAAUUUUUUUUCCAAAAUUUUAAAAUCAAAAUUCAGGAUUGAGGUUUUGCUUGAAGUUUGUUCUCUGCCUAAUUGCCUCUAUACAUUGAGAUCAAUUUUUUCAAAAAUUUGCUUUUUUGAAAGAAAUGGCCUGCAAUGCUGUGUGGAAACGUCAAAAUUCUGUCAAAAAUGCAAUUUUUGACGAAAAUUGCUCCCAAUGUGUAGAGGCCUUAAAGUUUUAAAUCUGUGUAGCUUAGCGUAAAUUAUUUUUCUAUCUCUGAAAAAAAUGCCUUGAUUGCGCUUAAACGGUUCUUUUCGUUCUCGAAAUAUGCAGAUUUAUUCAUAAAAAAUCUAUAUUAUUCUAUUUGCUGCAAGUAGGGUAAAGUGAUAUAAGUUGGACAUAGUGUUACAAGUUGGACAAUUCGCCGGUACAAGUUGGACAUGGUUUUUUUCUUGAUAAAUACAGUACAAAAUUUGUUUCUAAGCACAAGGAACCAAAUUAUAAAACUAAAGCAUUAAAAAUAUACAAAUAAAAAUGAAGUACUAAAUUUAUCAAGAAUAAAAUCCCUGUCCAAAUUGUACCACUUUACCCUACAUAGUAAAAAAUUUCGGAACAUAUUUGUUCCAAAAAAUAACUCGUCCAAGGACACAAUAAUUUUUGGCACAAUCUUGUUCAUUUUACGAGACUCAAAAAGAUACCCAAUAUUAGUAACAAAUUUGUUCCAAUAAAUAGCUCGUAUAGUAUAAAAUCGUAUCCCUCCUCUUCACACACUCAGUCACCCGUCACCAACGAAGCGAGGAGGACGCCAAAUCUGUGGCAAUUUUCGUGCUACAUGGUUUAACUUUUUACUGCUCGAACUCAAAGAGAGAGCAGUUAUAUAAUCGACUUUUUUUCAACUUUGCACUGUUCUGGAGCUUAAACGGUAAGAGAUAUCGACUUCCGGUCUUCGAUGACCCCUCCUCAAAUGACAUUAUCUCGUACCCAACCUCCUUACUUUUCCCCCUCCCCUUUCGUACGUUCCCUAUCCCUCAAAAAUAAGUCAAAAAUUAGGUUUUUCCAAUCUUGCAAAAAAUUGGCCCAAGCUUUUUCAAUGAUUUUUGGAUAUGUUUUAGAGCUAGUCCUGGCGAACAUUUCGCCCAAACAUACCUAUGGCCGGACAAUUCGCCAUUUUGAAUUAUUGAAGGUCAAAGUUCAACCACUUUAAAAUGCUCAUUUUUCAACCGAUUUGGUUAAAUUUGGAUUUUUUGGAAAGGCAUUGCAAUUUCGAACCCGGCUGCAUCGGUCUUCAUCGGUAAUUAACCGGUUAAGUACCGAUUUUUGAAUGAUUUUACAUCCCCAAUAAUUAAUAUUCCCUAAAAAUAAUGUUUUUUUUCAAUUUUUCUCAAAAUUGGCCCAAACUUUUUCAAUGAUUUUUGGAUAUGUUUUAGAGCUUGUCCUGGCAAACAUUUCGCCCAAACAUACCUAUGACCGGAAAAUUCGCCAUUUUGAAUUAUUAAAGGUCAAAGUUCAACCACUUUAGUUAAGUACCGAUUUUUUGAUUUUGAAAUGCUUUUGUGAUUUAUGAAUCAAUUUGAUCUCUAGUAGAUCAGUUAUUCCAAAAGAUUAUGCAAAAAGCUAAUUCACAGUGAGCUCUGUCUCGUGAGUUCGAGUAUUCCGCAAAGCUGGGACGCUUUGCCAUCUCUUUUUAAUUCGAGAUUCCCUUCCUUUCCUGCCGUAAGCACUCGCAUAUGAGUUCGUCAUGCACGCGUGUGUAUAAAACACUCUUAAGUUGACUUUUAUUUGAUAUUCCUUAUGAACUUUCGCCACCGAAAUGCAUCUCGACUGAAGUAUAAGCCUUAACUGUAAGACGAAAUCACUUACACGAAUUUGUUCCCGACAAUAGGAACAAAAAGAUUCCCCAUAUGAGUAACAAUUUGGUUCCAAAAAUUACCUCGUCCAUGGACAUCGAAAAUUUUUGGAACAAAUAUGUUACAGAUGUAGGAAUAAUAUUGUUAUAAAAAAUAUGUAACCAAUUUGUUCCUGACAGUGGGAAUAAAACAGCCGAGUGCAACAAAUUCUGUUCCAAAUUUCGGGAACAAAUUUGUAUUAAACGGAAUCAACUCAAAUUUGUAGACAUUCUACUGUAUCAAAACGGUUCCAAAAGAAAACUCUACAAAAUUGUAACUGCAUUUCAUAACAAUACUAUAAAGAAAACUUUUUGGAACAAAAAAAUAUCUUUUCUAGGUGCAAAUCGAUUUCAAAAAAAAAUGUCCCAAAGAAAACUUGUUCCAAUAUUUUGGUCAGUGUCCAAAAGUUUUUACCGUGUAUUGCAAGGUUCAAAAAAUACUACCAGAACGCCAGCGCAGUUAUUAAUCCUUGACCAUUUUUAGGACACGUUUUAAGAGCUUACUUUUUGAAAAGAUCUUUUCAAAAUGCACAAUAGAAGUAAUAGCAAGUGGAUACCUGCCUUCUUGAAAGUCAAUUUCAUACCUUAUAAAGAAAUCCAAUAAAGCAUUUCCUAAUUACUCCUUGAGAAGAAUUAGGCCCCGCCCCUUUCAAAAGUUUUAUCCAGUGAAUUUUUAGUCUGUUAUGAAUACAAUGUACAAUAUAUUCUAAGUCAAUCACUUUUACUGUUACAAUCACGCAAGAGCCCCAAGUCUCAAGUUCAUUUGCAUUCGUCUCCGAAUGGGGGCGUGGCCUAAAUUUUUUUUAUUCUGAAAAGACUAAUUACAAAAUGAGAUUCCCCAGCAAAAAAAAAUGCAGUUUUGAAUACAAUUCCUGGUCAGCUUUCCUCAGUUCUUUUGCAACGUGAGGAACAUUUUCUAAUGCAAUUGAUGUUCUCUCUGAGUCAAUUUAAAUAGCAACGAAAGGGUCUCGAAAAAAAUGAUAAAUAUAUUUUUUGUAGCUGUUUUAUUGUCGCACUUGAAACAGCGAUUGUAAUAUUUUUGUUGAAUAAAACGUCUUGAAAAAAGAAA